AUGUUCUCACCCCCAUCAAAGACAUUGAAACAAGCUUUAACUACUGUACUUAAUAGUGCCCAAGAAUAUAGUGGUGAUGUUUGUUUUGUUUUUGGUAAUGAACGAAUAUGGGCUCACAAAGCCUUAUUGAUAGCUCGGGUCCCAGAAGAGUUUCGUAACAAAGCCAUGCCUCAAUUACUUGUAGAUACCACCAAUGAACCUAUUAUGAUCACUACAAUAUCAACACUUGUGCCUUACAAUCUGUUUAUUCACUUAUUACAGUUUUGGUAUACCUCUGACUUUUAUUUCAUACAUCCACAAGAUUCUUCAAUGGACCCUUUGACUCAUGACACUGCUCUAUUGAAUAUACGACAAUCUAUAACAGCCCUUGAAAAAACUCUUCAACUUACUCUACUACCUUUGGCUGCCGACGGACUCUCUGAUGAGGACCAACUUGUGGCCGACUUGACAAAUAUGCGACGAAAUCAAUUGGACUGUGAUGUUAUGGUGAACAUAUUCAAACCAAAUGUUACUCGCAAGAAACAAACGCCUACAGUAUCUCCCAUCCCUGCCAAACCACCUAUAACAACAACAACAACAAUAACGACAAAACCCAGGUCCGAUCCUAUCACAACUUCUGUACCACUCAUGAUUUCCUUUCCUGUCCAUCAAUUUAUACUUGCCUCCAGAUCUUCUUAUUUCCAUUCUUUACUCUAUGGUCAAGUAUGUGAAGCUUCUCAUUCAACCGUUCUUCUUCCGUAUGAUUUAUUCUCAUCUACCACUUUGGAUAUUAUACUUCACUACUUUUACACAGAUCAACUUCAAGUCCCUGACCUCCCUCUGUGUACUUCCAUGUCGGCCUUCCAAAACGAAAUGAAUCGCAAGAAACAUGUGCUGCGUGAACUUCAAAAGGUAUUUCGUGCUGCUGAUUAUCUUGGACAUAUUGACUCUCUUUGUAAUGCCGCUCUAUAUGAAAUGCAAUCCAUUUGUCAUGGUUUCAAAUGUACAUGCUCCUCUUGUGUGAUUCUAUUACCUUCCAUGUUGGCCUUUGCGGAUAAGCAUCAAUCCCAAGUUGGUCAAUUACGUUCGAAACUGUUGACUCUCUAUACAGAACCUAUUCAAGCCUUGCCUCCUUUAUGGUCACAAAAGCCUUUCUCUCUUUUGAUCUCCGCGUCAUCAUCAGCAUCAUCAUCAACUUCAACAUCACCUGUUUUGAAUAAUUCAUCAUUACCAACAAAAUCGUCAUCAUCAUCAUCAUCAUCAUUACUAGUAGAUAUGGUUUCCAUGACUUUGAUCAAUAUUACCAAACGGAAUGCCAUUCAUGUGUUACACUCGGUACACCUUUGUCUAUCCAAAAUCCGGAGCGCCGAUCCAUUUCCUACUUGGUCUCAGCCUUCUCUUGCUCUGAUACACGCCAUUCUUCAUCAUACGGUAUCCAUGGUGUCGUUGAAUUUCGAUUAUUAUUGUGUAGAAUAUCCUAUUCUUUUGUCUUGUGUGGAUGGAAUUGGAGGUGCAUUCUCAGUGGACUUUUUGGAUUUUUUACUGAAACGGAUUCUCAACAAUGGUAUUCAAGAUUCUAAUGCGGCAGUACUUUAUCAAGGAAUUGUGCGGGAUUUGAUUGGACGACAAGAAGUGGUGAAGAAUGUUGCUGUAGAUGGUGUACUUCUUGAAGCAAGACAACAAUGUAUAGAUUAUUUGUCUCAUCGAUGGAUUGGUGUCAAGGCUCAAGGUGGAUUUCAAAAUAUUGAUAAAGAAACUUUAAGGAUGAUGGCAGAUGAUAUCAAUAUUCCUUAUCGUACGUUAUCCAAACCAAUUGAAUCUGAAUUCUCAGCCAUGUUUAGUUUCAAGCCAAAGUCAAGUACCAAACAAAAAUCAAUAGAUGGGGAAGGAAUUGGAAAACAAGGCAAAGGCAUUCCACCUGUCAUGGCAAAUAACAACAACAGUGUGGAUAUGACAACAACUUCUUCUGCAGCGAUUAAAUCAAGACGGCGAUUAUCUCUUAGUUCUCUUCGUACAUCCUUGACUGAUGUUUUGCUACCAGUCGAUGUUUCACCUUCCACCAUCUUACCAACGACGACAUCAUCACCCAAUAGUCCUCGUAAAUCAAGAUUAACAUUCGAAUUACCAGAGACUCCUAUUCGGGCCAAGUUUGCUACAACACAAGUAUCAACAACAAAAUCAUCCAGUCGACGACGUCGGCGGACAAGAUCACCAAAACAUAAAUAUCGAUGGGGACUUGGAGGAUCUAAAGACAGUGCUAGUGAUAGUGAUGAAGAAGACGAUUCUCAAGCAGGAAUGCCCAUUGUAGGUGCCAAGGUGGAAUUAUUACGAAGACCUUUACCAACAUUGGGACGAAUCAAAUUUAUUGGCAAUGUACAAUUCUCAAAAGGAACUUGGGUUGGUGUAGAAUUGGAAAGUCGUUUGGGACAAAAUGAUGGUUCUGUGGAUGGUAUACGAUACUUUCAAACGGAUCCUCAACGUGGUAUUUUUGUCAAACCUGAUGGAUUAAAACUAAUCCCCUCUCCUUCAAAAUCUUAG